AUGUCGAAACAAUUAUUUACCACUCGCACCGAAGACAUACUUUCACGUGACGCGUACUUAGCCGCCUACAAAUCCAAAGACGGGCCUGCAUUCACGCAAUAUCGCGAACACGUUCUAUCCGCAUUACUCUCACCUUACGAGAACCGAUUAUUUCCCACGCAACUUGACGCGUUACGUAAACGAUUUGAGGUGUCGUUGCAGGAAUUAGUGAAUGCCACUCCGGAGAAUGUUGAUGUGUUGUUGGUUGAAUCGCCUAAGGAGACGUCCUCGUUUGAUGAUGAUGGCCAUUUAUCGUUGGAAGAACAACGCAGAUUGGUGCAACGUGCACAUUUUGAGCAGGUUUUCGAGAAAGUGAGAGAGAAUGUGCAGUUAGUAGUGGAGACUCAGCAAAAGUUUAAGAGACCCGUUCACUCUGCUAAUUU